GUUUUCUUUUCACACAAUUAUGGUACAACAAACUGCACGGGAGAAUUUGUGAUUUAAAUAAAGAAAAUGAAGAGAACGACGGAUACCAAUCACGAGGCGUUUACAAUUGUGGUAGACUGGUAGUUGUAUAAUUUAGCCGCCAAAUAAUUAUCUGCAAAAACAAGCCAACACGAAAUACACGAGCUUUAUUUUUCUGCUCCGAUUACCAGCAGCCGUUGGAAUGGCCGCUGCAGCCGCCAUUUCCGAUGCCGAAGCUCCUCUGCUGGACGACGCCGUCGAUGGAUCCGUCGACUUCAAAGGCCGCCCCGUUUUCCGAUCCAAAUCCGGUGGCUGGAGAUCCGCUUCCUUCAUCAUAGGUGUGGAGGUGACAGAGAGGUUUGCUUACUACGGAAUUAGCUCCAAUUUGAUAAGCUACUUGACCGGGCCGCUGGGGCAGUCCACCGCCACGGCGGCGGAGAAUGUGAACGCGUGGUCGGGAGCGGCGUCGCUUCUGCCGCUCGUGGGCGCGUUUCUGGCCGACUCUUUCUUCGGUCGGUAUCGGAUGAUUAUCGCGGCUUCGGUGCUGUAUAUUGUGGCACUUGGAAGCUUGUCUCUCUCAGCUGUCAUUUACUCUAUGAGCUCAUCCGACUGCCAAGUUGCAGCCGGCAUGAAACCUUGUGCUCCGUCUCAGUUUCAAGUCGUUCUCUUUUUCUUCUCGUUGUACCUAGUUGCAUUCGCCCAAGGAGGGCAUAAGCCUUGCGUCCAAGCUUUUGGAGCUGACCAGUUUGAUGAGCAGGAUCCGGUAGAGAGCAAGGCCAAGAGCUCAUUCUUCAACUGGUGGUACUUUUCAUUCUGUGCAGGUGUUUUGGUGUCUCUAUUUAUUUUGAACUACAUCCAAGACAACUUGAGUUGGGGACUUGGCUUUGGCAUCCCCUGCAUUGCCAUGUGCCUCGGCCUGAUUGUGUUUCUACUCGGAAGUUAUACAUAUCGAUUCCAAGUGCAAAGUGACGAGAGGAGCCCAUUUCUCAGGAUCGGUCAAGUGUUCGUUAGAGCAUGUAGAAACUGGCAGACUACUCAUUCUGCCAUAACCGUAGAGGCGGAAGCCCAGGGAGUUCUGCCCUUUGAAGGCUUUCAACAAUAUAAGUUUCUCAACAAGGCUUUAGUCGAACCCGAUGGUUGUAAGCAGAACGAGAAAACUUGCAGCAUCACUGACAUAGAAGAGGCAAAGUCAGUUCUCAGGCUCAUUCCGAUAUGGGGUACAUGUUUAGUCUACGGCAUAGUGUUCUCGCAGUCAUCCACUCUAUUCACCAAACAGGGAGUCACAAUGGACCGUCACAUCAUUUCAAGCCUCCAAAUACCGGCUGCCUCGCUUCAAUCUCUCAUAAGCUUCUCCAUCGUCGUUUUCAUUCCUAUCUAUGACCGAGUUUUACUUCCAAUAGCCAGAGCCCUAUCUGGGAAACCAUCGGGUAUAUCAAUGCUUCAGCGCAUUGGCACUGGAUUGUUCCUGUCUUUGCUCUCCAUGGUGAUCGCAGCUCUAGUGGAGACGAAGCGUCUCCAAAUAGCUGUCGAGUAUGGGCUGGUGGACUUGCCAGCAGCCACAGUACCCAUGAGCGUGUGGUGGCUGGCGCCUCAGUAUCUGCUUUUUGGGAUCUCCGACGUGUUCACAAUGGUUGGUCUCCAAGAAUUCUUCUACGAUCAAGUUCCUAGCGAGCUGAGGAGUAUCGGUCUUGCUCUUUAUCUCAGCAUUUUCGGCAUAGGGAGUUUCAUCAGCAGUUUCCUCAUCUCCGUCAUUGAGAGUGCCACCAGUGGGGAGGGUGAGGACAGCUGGUUCUCGGACAACUUGAACCGGGCUCAUCUCGACUACUUCUACUGGGUGCUGGCAGGGCUCAGCGCAGCUGCGUUCCUCGCCUACCUCUACUUCACGAGGUAUUACAUUUAUAACAGAAAACGCAUUGCUUGAUCUUAAUUGGAUGAACUCGCAAGUUGGGGAUUCAAGUCAUCAUAGAGGGGAUAUGAGGAAUCUCUAUCGACUCUUUAAAAAAAAACAUUGGCUUGUGGUUCCCCCAUUUUAUCCACGAAGAUGUAUCGUGGUGUUUGGUGUAUUUCAAGUGUAACAUAUGUACAAAUAUUAUAAAAGUAUGCAUUCUUAUAAAUUUUGAUAAUAUGUUUA